GUGACAUCCGAUCGAUGUGACGUAAUCGGUGAAGAUGGCGGCCUCCUGUGUGCGUCGCGCUGUGGUUCUGACCCUGGUCAGGUCCAGAUGCUCAGCAGCUGGAGGCAGCAGCAGCUCUGUGGCAGGAAAACGCUCGGCCUUCUGGGUAAACAUAAAACACGUUGAGGGAAGAGGAAGAGGAGGAGGAGGAGGAAGAGCAGCUCUGUGGGCAACAGUUGCUUUCUCUCUGUUCAGGUCUGAUGAAGACAAACGAGAUGAAGCUCAGAGAAAAGACGAUGAGAUGAUUCUGCUGCUGAAGAAAGCCAAGCUCAGUGUGUAUCGGGAUCAGCUUCAAGCAGCUUCAGGUUUCCUCCAUCAGGCCGUCGCUCUGGCUCAUCAGACUGGAAACCAGCAGGCCCUCAUCUACACCUACAGCAUGAUGGCGAACCUGGCCUACGUGCAGGGUCAGCUAGACAACGCAGAAAAACUGUUCAAAGCUGCGAUGAGCUUCAUGUUGUCAGGAGGAACACCACAGGAUGAUAACGCCUUCAUCGAGAUGUCUCUGAAGCUAGCCUCCAUCUACGCUGAGCAGAACAAGGCGGAGCUUGCUGAACAUGGCUUCAGGUUCUGUUCGGAGUCUCUUGAGGACAAACUGCAGAAAAGCAUCGACCUGAAAGCAGAGGAACAGACAGAGGAGGAGGAGGCGCUGAGAAAAGAGACCCGCCUUCUUCUCGGACUCUGUCUGGACUCUCGAGCUCGAUACCGAGCGUCCACGUGGCGCCUGGACGCGGCGAGACAGGACUACGAGAAGGCACUGACCAUCUGCCGCCAGGAGCAGGGAGAGACACACCCACAGACUCUGGUGCUGAUGAACGACUUGGGCACCAUCCUGGAUCUGCAGGGUUUGCAUGAGGACGCCCUGGCCCUGGUCCAACAGGCUGUGGAUCUGAGCAGGUCUGCGGGACACCCGGACCAACAUGUCCUGCUGGGAAACAUGGCCGGCAUUCUGCUGCACAAAGGGCAGCUGGACGACUCGGUGCGGUUCUACCAGGAGGCUCUGGGUCUGGCCCGGCAAGCCGGAGAUCAGGAGGCCGUGGAACAGAUCCAGGAGGGACUGAAGGAGGUGAAGAAGAAGAGGGAGCAGGGGACAAAGGAGGAGCAGGACGCUGCAGAGGACUGAUGUCUCAGGGUGUCCAAAAGCAGACUUGAGGGUCCAGCAUGUUAGUGACCCUUUGACCUUUCCACAAAAUGUCCUCACACUGUUGUUGUCGCUGUCCCCAGAGGAUGAACCCUCCCAUAAACACCAGGGCGGUGGACUUUGAAGCAGGAUUUGUGGUUAUCGCUUAACUUCUCCCCAGAGGAUGAACCUCUGUCAGCUGCUGGAGCCCAACAGAACCAGCCUGACCAGUAGAGUGCUCCCAGUCCCACAGACUGCAGCUGCUUCACUGGUUUCCUGUUCACUGGCUGAUGAACAGAAACUCAAUCUACAUUCAUCAGACACAUUAAAGUCUUUUCUUUAGUUUCUAUUGAUCUUUGUGGUUUUCUACUGAUGUUCAUUUAGCACCUGACUUGUUUUCAAACCUCACUGUACAUGUGUGUACUGAUAUGAAACACAGUGGAAACAGUGUUGUACCUGUUGUGUUGUAAAGAUAUGAAGAUCAGCCGA